AUGAAGGGGCUCCUGGCAACAGUGCCUCAGCCGGUAAAGGCACUGGCUAAAAAUCCAAGGUUAUCACACACCUCCUCGAGUCAACAGAUAAUUGAUCCCCUAGAGGGUUCAACAUUCCACUAUGACCUACAAGUCAUGGAUGAGUACUGGACGGGGUAUUCUGAUGAUGAAUCUCACACUGAUGCACUACACGCUAAUACAUCUUAUGUCAAGGAGUCUUUUGUUAAUCAGCCUCUGGUUUCUCAAGUGUCUAACACAAUUAAUCCCCCAAAGACCCAGAGUCUACCUUACUAUAUCCUAGUGGCCAACCCUUAUUCGAUCCCAGGAUCAUUAAACAUCCCCACUCGGCUGAGUGGGUCCCAUCAGACCAUAUAGCCCAAUUCUGAAGAAUGUGGCUCUGCAAGGUGCUUGAAAAUGAGAUUCAAAAUAAGCUGAGAGCAGAAUGUCCAGGUCCAACAAUACCCGACAAGGUGGCACUCACACCUGAAUUUGAUCCUCUCCUGAUCAUCUUUCUAAGAAUGUCGGAUAAAGUCACCCGCAAAGGCCUUGUGCAGGGUCUAAAAACAGUUCAGGACAAGCUGUUUGACAUUGCUUUAAUCUUUAACAGACGGUACCUUGGAUCCAUAUUUGGUACGUGAAUGGGCACAGAGGGCCUUAUGUUUACUUGGCAAUGUUAAUGUAGCCAUUUCAACUGAAUGAUGCAGAGCCGUCUUAUACAAAAUUGACGCAAAAUUGUCAGAUUUGAGUUCUAAAGAACUCGAUUUAGAGGUUAAUGGCCUAUUUUUGGGUGAUCAAUUCAUAAGAGACCUCAACAGAAAUGUUUCUGUUUUCACCUCCCUUAAUAAAGCUCAAACAUACCUGCGCUGAGUGAUCCACUCUCAUCAUUAUUCUGGCAGGGCCUGUCGCCAUAGAGGCCGAGCAACCGGCAGGACUGCCUUCACAGACUAUAGGCCUCAUGCCAUUGGACCUUGGAACUCAGGUUAAACUCGCCCCUAUCACAGACAACUCUUCACAAACAGAGGAUCGAUCAGAGGAUGUGGGUCUGCUUUACCCAGGGGUCGCACUGCUCCAGGUAAUAAACCUACCUUUUUUCUAAUACCUGUUGUAGGCGUAUAACCCAUUUUUCCCACAGUGGUCUCUACUCACUCAGGAUCCUUAGAUCCUUCAAACUGUUUCAGGGUUUCACAUAGAUUGAAUCUAAGACCCACUAGAAGAGUUUCCUCCUCACCCUCUAUGGAUCUCCCAAUCGAACACAGCCCUUUUACACUCAGAACUCUGCAAUCUCAGAGACAAGAGUUCAAUCGAACAUUCUCUAUUCCCACCCAGGUUUCUCAGCAACACUUUCCUGGUGCGGAAGAAAUCCAACAAACUUCGCCCUAUCAUCAAUUUAAGAAACUUAAAUUAGUUCAUAGUAUAUUGUCAUUUCAAAAAGGAAAGCAUACACAUUCUUCAAGACCUCCUCUGCAAGGGAGAUUGGUUCUCCCACUUUGAUUUAAGAGAUGCAUACCUUACAUUUCCGGUGGCAUCUCACUUGCCUCUCUUUUGGUCUCUCUUCCACCCCUUGGUGUUUCACCAAGUUGAUGAAACCAGUUAUGGCUCUUCUCCGUUCCCAAGGUAUCAGAUCUAUCGUCCAUCUAGACGACAUCCUAAUCAUGGCUCAAGAUCUGUUCACCCUUCAAAAACAUACAGAAAUUACCAAAUUCUUCUCUUCUCUUCAGAACCUGGAUUUGUAAUCAAUUUCAAGACAUCUUCUCUGAUCCCAUCUCAGACUAUACUUUUCUUGUGUUUUCAGAUCGAUCGUUCCUUUCGAUUCUUUAUCUCUCGUCUUCAAAGAAAAAAUCCACCAAAAAGGAUAUUUGGAAACUGCUGUCCUCUUAACAGGUUUAGCUUCACAAUUAAGCUUAAAUCAUAG